AUGAAAAAAGCGGCUGAAAAUGAGGCGGUGGAAAAUUUGUCGGAAAAUGUGAUGAGCGAGAUUAAAGGUGGGGUUUUUAACUAGAAAUUUUCAAUUUUCAAUGCAAAUUGUUCUCAGAAAUGUGCCGAACCGAGUACUGUAGACCGGAUUUAAGUCUGAUUGCUCAGAUUAAUGAGCUGUUUCCCACGGAGCAAAGUUUGACACAAUUGGAUGCGGUGAUCUCGGCGGUUGAGGUGAAUUUUUUGAAAAAUUCGAGGAUUAAAAGUGCAUAGCGAAUACCGUACCACCUGCGUAUCUAACUCGUUCUACCGUAGUCAAAAUGCGCCUUUACUUUUCGUAUUUUUGGACACCAGAGUGAAAAUUUUGAUAAAUUUCCGAAAUUUUUUACAAAAAUUCAAUUUUUCUGCAGGUUCUACCGUACUCGUCAUGUUCCUUUGAAUAAUCCAAAAAUUUCCAGGGAGAAAUCGGCGAACUCGACAACGAGUUAGCGUAUCUCGUCGAAUCCAACGCAAACGUCAGCGAGCGAGCCGAAGAUGCGCUAAAACAGGCGCAAGAAGCAAUGGCCGAACUCGAGAAAAGUAUCGGAAGUAUUCGAGAAAGAACAAAAUCAUCAGAUGAAAUUGUGCGAGAAAUGACUAGGGAUAUUAAACAAUUGGAUGUGGCCAAACGGAAUUUGACGGCUUCGAUUACCACUUUGCAUCACUUGCAUAUUUUGUUGACUGGGGUUGAGAGUUUGAGUAAGUCAUAGAUUUUUUUCUAGUAGUUUUCGACACGCUCUGCGUCUCUAACCGUCUAGUCAUCAAGCUCCAGCUAGAGACGCAGAGGGACAUACACUCGCUCCGCUCGUGCCGCUUACGCGGAAGAUUCCGUGGCGCUUUGCGCAAGAUUGCUCAGGUUAUACAUUCGCUGCUUCUUGACAUGAGCAAUGUCAAUUCUAGUCUUGGCUUCCCACUUGGAUUCAGAUAAAUCCGGAUUUGAAGCUUAAUCUGAGCAAUCUCAAAACUAGAAUUGACAUUGCUCAUGCCAAGAAGCAGCGAAUGUAUAACCUGAGCAAUGUUGCGCGAUCUUCCGCGUAAGCGGCUCGAGCGGAGCGAGUGUAUGCUCCUCUGCAUCUCUAGCCGUCUAAACUUCUCGUCGUCUCGAAAGUUCGAUGGCUAGACAGCUAGAGACGCAGAGGGACAUACACGUCGCGUAAGCGGCUCGAGCGGAGCGAGUAUAUUUCCCUCUGCGUCUCUAGCUCACGGAGAGCUUGAUGGCUAGACGACUAGAGACUCGCUCCGCUCUAAUCUGCCUAAAAUUGCAGAACUCAACUCCUAAUAUGAAUUAUGACGUGGCAAAGUCAGAAGAUUUGCAUAAAAAUCAUUUUGAAGCUAGUUUUCACCUCCUAAAGUUCCAAAAUUUUCAAACAGAACUCAUUAGUUAUGACGUGGCAAAGUUUGAAAAUUCUGGAAGGUGAAAACUAGCUUUGAAAAUGAUUUUCAUGCAAAUCUGAUAGCAUAGCUUCUGACUUUGCCACGUUAUAACUCAUUUUAGACGUUGAAUUCUGUAAUUUUAGUGACCAGCGGGUCAAAAUCUACUAGAAAAUAUAUUAUUUCUCCAAAAUCUCUGAAUUUUUCCAGGUUCUUGGGUUGAACGAAAAGAUUAUAGCUCAAUUUCUCGACAACUUCCAGCAAUUUUAAAUGUUCUCCAAUUAUUUGAUGGUUAUAAAGAGUCAGAACAGAUUGCGAAUUUAUCAAUGAAAUUGGAUCGCCUGAAAACAAGUCUGACAAUUCAAUUAGCUUCCGAUUUGAAAAGCGCAUUUCAAACUGGACAACUCAGCGAAAGAGUGACGGAUAUGUGUAGAGUUGCGGCUGCGUUGGAAGGAAAUGUGAAGGAGAAUUUUUGCGGUUGGUUUAUUGAACAACAAUUGACCGAAUAUGUUGUGAUUUAUGCGGAUAAUGAAGAGGGAGCUUGGUUGGAUAAGGUUGAUGAUAGGUAAGAACAUUUGAAAAUUAUUUUUUUCCCCGAGGGUUUUUCCAAAUUUUGGACUGGUUUCAGUUUUAGUUUUUUUUAAAUAAAUUCCUGAAAAAAUUCAAAAUUUGGGCCAAAUAUUUAUCUCAAAAUUUAAAAUCGCUGAAAAUUAAGAAUUCCAGGAUUUUCAGCUUAAAAUUCUGAUCUAGAAAGAAAUUUCCUGGAAAUUUUACGUUUCAAAAAUGCAUUAAAUUUUUGGGAUUUGCAAAAAAUUCGAUUGAAAUCAAAGAUCGUCUUAAGACUCAAAUUUUGUGCUGAAAAUUAUGGAAGUGCUGAAAAUCGCUGAAAAUCAAGAAUUCCAUGAUUUUCAGCACAAAAUUUUGGCCUAGAAGGAAUUUUCUGGAAUUUUUCACUGUUUCAAAAAUUCAUUGAAUUUUUAAAUUUGAAAAAAAUUUGAUUCUACUGAAAAAAUGUUUCUAGACUCAAAUUUUGCGCUGAAAAUUAUGGAAGUGCUGAAAAUCUCUGAAAAUCAAGAAUUCCAUGAUUUUCAGCACAAAAUUUUGAUCUAGAAUUAAAUUUUCUGGAAUUUUUCACUGUUUCAAAAAUUCUUUAAUUUUUGGGGUUUGAAAAAAAUUCGAUUGAAGUCAAAAAUUGUAUUCAGACUCAAAUUUUGCGCUGAAAAUAAUGAAAUUGCUGAAAAUGGCUGAAAAUCAAGAUUUUCAUGAUGUUCAGCACAAAAUUCUGAUCUGGAAAGAAAUUUUCUAAAAUUUCUCACUGUUUCAAAAUUUCAUUAAAUUUUUGGGGUUUGCAAAAAAUUCGAUUGAAGUCAAAAAUCGCUUUCAGACUCAGAUUUUGUGCUGAUAAUUAUGGAAGUCCUGAAAAUCGCUGAAAAUCAAGAUUUCCAUGAUUUUCAGCACAAAAUUUUGAUCUAGAAAUUUUCUGGAAUUUUUCACUGUUUCAAAAAUUCAUUAAAUUUUUGAGGUUUGCAAAAUAUUCGAUUAGUUUCGGAAAAUUGUGUCUAGCCUCAAAUUUUGUGCUGAACAUCGCUGAAAAUCAAGAAUUCCAUGAUUUUCUGCACAAAAUUCGGAUCUAGAGAGAAAUUUUCUGGAAUUUUUCACGGUUUCAAAAAUUCUUUAAAUUUUUGGGGUUUGAAAAAUAUUCGAUUCUUUUGAAAAAAAAAUCGUUAUCGUAGAAAUAUUUUCUUUUCAAAUUUUGCGCUGAAAAUUAUCUGAAUGCUGAAAUUCGCUAAAAUCAAGAAUUCCAUGAUUUUCAGCAUUCCUGAAAUUUUUCACUGUUUCAAAAAAUAAUCAAAUGUUUUGGGUUCAAACAAAUUCGAUUACUUAACGUCUUGUUGCGAUUCAAAUUUUGCGCUGAAAUUCGCCGAAAAUGAAGAAUUUCAUGAAUUUCAGCACAAAAUUCUGAUCUGGAAAGAAAUUUUCUGGAAUUUUUCACUGUUUCAAAAAUUCAAUGAAUUUUUGGGGUUUGAAAAAAAUUCCAUCAAAAUCAAAAUUGUUUCUAGACUCAAAUUUUGUGCUGAAAAUCAGGGGAAUGCUGAAAAUCAAGAGUUCUAUAGUUUUCAGCACGAAAUUUUGAUCUAGAAAUUUUCGUGGAAUUUUUUUCUCUAGAAUCAGUCUUCAAAUUAUUUCGGUACAAAAAUUAUCCAAAAAAAUUCACGUGAAAUAAUUUUUAAAAUCAAAUUUCGCACUAAAAAUACUGCCCUAGAAAAAAAUUCAGCUGGAUUUUCAGCUUCAAAAUUGAAAAAAAUUAUUUUUUUUUUGAAAAAUUACAUGAAAUCACUCGAGUGUUGGGUAGAACAAUUAUGAGUUCCGAAUUUUUUAGCAGAACUUUUUUUUCCUAAAAAUUUUCCCUAAAUAUCCAUCUUCCAGAUACAAAUGGUAUGUGCGAAAAUUGACGGAUUUCGAACGAGCUGGUCUCGCAAAAAUCUUCCCAAAUGACUGGCAAAUGGGAAGACGACUAACAUCGGAAUUCUGCCGAAUCACACGAGAUAUUCUAUAUCGAAUGAUGACUCGAAGAAGACAAGAUUUGGAUUGGAAACUAUUAGGACACGCAAUUCAACACACAAAAAUGUUCGAAGCGUUGCUCAUGAAACGAUUCCCGGCCGCUGCACAAAAUGAUCAGCAGACGAAAAAUGAGUUUGAAAAAUCGAUAUGGAGUGUUUUCGAUGGAUUCCUUGAUGUGUUUAUUUGUGCGCAAGAAAAGACGUUGAAUGAGUUUAUUGAAUCGUGUGCGGCGAAAUUGCGGAGUGGAGAAGAGAGACCGUCGAGAGAAGCGUCGACACAUGCCGUACCUUUUCCAUCUUCUGCGGAUAUGUUUUUGCUGUUGAAGAAGGUGAUUAGUGAAUCGAGCAAGCUGAGCAGUGAGCCGGAUGCGUUGAUAAGGUGAGUUUGAUCAAAAUUUGAUGAAUUUUGAAGAAUUCCGUGGUUUUCAGCACAAAAUUCUGAUCAGGAAAUUUUACGUUUCAAAAAUUCAUUGAAUUUUUUGGGGUUUGAAAAAAAUCGUUUUGAUAGCGAUAUUAUCCUUUCAAAUUUUGCGCAAAAAAUCAUGGGAAUGCUGAAAAUCGCUGAAAAUCGAGAAUUGAUAUUCAGCACAAAAUUCUGAUCUAGAAGGAAUUUUCCUAAAAAUUUUUCACUGUUUCAAAAAUUCAUUGAAUUUUUUGGGGUUCGAAAAAAUUCGAUUCUUCAUAAAUUUUUUCAUUAUAGUCUCAAAUUUUGCGCUCAAAAUCAUUGGAAUUCUGAAAAUGGCUUCACUGAAUUUCACUGUUUCAAAAAUUAAUUGAAUUUUUUGGGGUUCGAAAAAAUUCGCUAGACUACGAAAUAUUGUUUCUAGACUCAAAUUUUGCGCUGAAAAUCAUUGAAAUGCUGAAAUUCGCUGAAAAUCAAGAAUUCUAUGAUUUUCAGCACAAAAUUCUGAUGUAAAAAGAAUUUUUCUGGAAUAUCUCACUGUUUCAAAAAUUCAUUGAAUUUUUUGGCUUCAAACAAAUUCGAUAUUCCUCUUAGAAUUGUUUCUAGACUAAAAUUUUGUGCUGAAAAUUAUGAGAAUGCUGAAGUUCACUGAAAAUCAAGAAUUCUAUGAUUUACAGCACAAAAUUUCGGUCUAGAAAUCGGAAAAAAUCCCACUGUUUCAAAAAUUUAUUGAAUUUUUUGGGGUUCGAAAAAAUUUGUUUCAAUCGAAAAAUAAUUCAUUAUAGACUGGAAUUUCGCGCUGAAAAUCAUAGGAAUGCUAAAAAUUGCUGAAAAUCGAGAAUUUCAUGGUUUUCAGUAUUCCUGAAAUUUUUCACUGUUUCAAAAAUUAAAUCCACUAGUCAUAAACUAAUAGAUUAUAGUCGAAAAUUGGGCAAGCUCCAAAGUUACCCUAACUUCUUUGGAUGAACUAGAAAGUUAGGGUAAGGCUCACAAAAUCCACAAAAUAAAUUUUUCCAGAGAUGUGAUUGGUGUUGUCCGCGGCUGCCUGCGCGGAUAUUCCGCCUCCUGUCUCACCGCAUUUCUCCCAACCCUCGGUGGAACUCAACAAUCCGUCGGAGCCAACCUCUUCAGCUUAAUGCGCGAAGAAAUCACCUAUGUUCGCCUAACUCCCGAUCAACAAUUCCUGGUUUGUUGCAUUUUGGCCACAGCUGAUUGGUGCGCAGAAACAUCGAUUCAAUUGCAAGAGAAAUUGGCGCAACGCAUUCCGGGAGUUGAGAUUUCGCAAGAAACCGAGACGUUUUAUUCGAUCACGUCCGCUUCUUUAACUGUUUUGGUGCAGGAUGUUGAAUCGACGUGUGAUGCGGCACUUCAGUCAAUUAGUAAAGUCAAGUAGGUUUUGAAUUUUUUUCAUUAAAAACCCGAAGAAAAUCACGAAUUCCAUGAAUUUGAGCGCAAAAUUCUGAUCUAGAAAUUUCCUGGAAUUUGUUACGUUUCAAAAAAUUCAUUAAUUUUUUCGUGAUCUAAAAAAAUUCGAUUUUUUCAAUAUAGUCUUUAGACUCAAAUUUUGUGCUGAAAAUCGGAAAACUACUAAAAAUGAAGCAAUCCAUGAUUUUCAGCACGAAAUUCUGAUCUAGGAAUUUGCAGGAAUUUUUACGUUUCAACAAAUUGAUUAAUUUUUUUUGGUUAAAAAAAAUCGAUCCGCGGUUCAUCUUUUUAUUCAAACUCAAAUUUUGCGCUGAAAAUUACUGGAAAUGAAGCAUUUCAGGAUUUUCAGUGCAAAAUUCUGAUCUAGAAAUUUCCUGGAAUUUUUUACUGUUUCAAAGAAUUCAUGAAAUAUUUUGGCCUCUAAAAAAAUUCGAUUCGAAAUUGCUAUCGUUCUCUAGACUCGAAUUUCGCGCUGAAACCGAUUGAAGUGCUGAAAAUAACUGAAAAUGAAGAAUUCCAUGAUUUUCAGCACAAAAUUCUGAUCUAGAAAUUUCCUGAAAUUUUUCACUGUUUCAAAAAAUUCAUUAAUUUUUUCGGGGGUGUGAAAAAUUCGAUUUUUUUGAAAAUUCCUUUUUAGACUCAAAUUUUACGCUGAAAAUGCCCGAAAAUGAAAUAUUCCGUGAUUUUCAGCACAAAAUUUCAGUCAAGAUAGAAUUUUCCUGAAAUUUUUCACUGUUUCAAAAAAUUCAUUAAUUCUUUCGUGAUCUAAAAAAAUUCGAUUUUUUAAAAAUAAUUCCUUUCUAGACUCAAAUUUUGUGCUGAAAAUUAAGAAAAUCACUGAAAAUUAAGAAUUCCACGAUUUUCAGCACAAAAUUCUGAUCUAGAAAUUUGCAGGAAUUUUUACGUUUCAACAAGUUGAUUAAUUUUUUUUGGUUAAAAAAAAUUCGAUGUGACCGUCAUCUGUUAUUUUCAGACUCAAAUUUUGCACUGAAAACUAUUGAAGUGCUGAAAAUUACUGGAAAUGAAGUAUUCCAUGAUUUUCAGCGCAAAAUUGCGAUCUAAAAAUUUCCUGGAAUUUUUCACUGUUUCAAAAAAUGUUUUAAUUUUUUCGGGGUUUGAAAAAUUCGAUACAUCCGCUAUGAAGCUGUCUGGACCCCAAUUUUGUGCUGAAAGUCACGGAAGCGCUGAAAAUUACUGAAAAUCGAGAAUUCCAUGAUUUUCAGUGCAAAAUUUUGAUCUAAAGAGAAUUUUCCUGGAAUUUUUACGUGUCAAAAAAUUCUUGAAAUGUUUUGGGGUUUAAAAAAAAGAUACAUUCGUUUCACCUUUUUCUUGACCCGAAUUUUGUGCUGAAAACCAUUGAAGUGCUGAAAAUUACUGGAAAUGGAGUAUUCCAUGAUUUUCAGCACAAAAUUCCGAUCUAGAAAGAAAUUUCCUGAAAUUUUUCACUGUUUCAAAAAAUUUAAUACAUUUUUGGGGUAAAAAAAUUCGAUACAUCGGACCCGAAUACUGGACCCGAAUUUUGUGCUGAAAAUUAAGAAAAUCACUAAAAGUCAAGAAUUCCAUGAGUUUGAGCGCAAAAUUCUGAUCUAGAAAUUUGCAGGAAUUUUUACGUUUCAACAAAUUGAUUAAUUUUUUUUUGUUAAAAAAAAUCGAUCCGCGGUUCAUCUUUUUAUUCAGACUCAAAUUUUGCGCUGAAAACCAUUGAAGUGCUGAAAAUAACUGAAAAUGAAGAAAUCCAUGAUUUUCAGCGCAAAAUUCUGCUCUAAAAAUAAAUUUCCGGCCUAAAAACCUAAAUUUUUUCGAAAAAUUUGUUCACCACCCAAAUCUCCACCAACAAAAACCCUUUGUUCCAGUUGGGCAGCUGUCGAUUCAGUUGGCGACGAAUCGCCAUUCAUCGCCGCCAUGCGUUCACAUCUCCGCCAAGCCGUUCCAACAGUCCGUGACAUGCUAGCAGAUCGUCGGAAAUAUUUUGCACAUUUCUGUCUCAAACUCGCCACUCAACUUGCUCACAAAUUCGUUGGUGCUCUUUUCAGAUGCAGGAAUAUCAGCACACAUGGUUGGUUUUGUUUUGGAAUGAGCAUGAUGACGUCAUAGUGAGAAUUUUGUAGGUGCUGAGCAACUUCUACUCGAUACUCAUUCACUGAAAACUUUUCUCCUUGGUGUUCCAUCAAUCGAUAGUGUGAUAUCUUCAAAACCGCCAACUGCUUACGUCACAAGUGUUAAUGCGGCUCUCACAAAAGCUGAGAUGAUUUUAAAGGUACAUAUUCUAUCUCAACGCGAAAUUCUGCGUUUUUUGAAACCAAGAACAGAAUUUUGUGCUGAAAAUCAUGGAAUUCUUCAAUUUCAGUGAUUUUCAGCGCAAAAUUUGAGUCUAGAUUCUAGAAAAAAGUUUCCUGGAAUUUUUCACUGUUUCAAAAAAUUAAAUUAAUUUUUUCGGGGUUUGAAAAAAUUCGAUUCAUUUAUCUUAGCCCAAGCUAGACUCAAAUUUCGCGCUGAAAAUCAUGAAACUACUAAAAAUUGCUGAAAAUAAGGAAUUUCAUGAGUUUCAGCAUAAAAUUCUGGUCUAAUUAUUUCCUGGAAAUUUUACGUUUCAAAAUUUCAAUAAUUUUUUGGAAAUUAAAAAAUUUGAUAAAACGUGUUAAUUUAGGUUCUAGACUCAAAUUUUGCGCUGAAAAAUCAUAGAAUUGCUGAAAAUGAAGAAUUUCAUGAUUUUCAGCACAAAAUUCUGAUCUAGAAAUGUCCUGAAAAUUUUACGUUUCAAAAAUUCAAUAAUAUUUGUGAAUCUGAAAAAAUUCGAUCCAAUACUCAAUGCUCUUGUAGACUUAAAGUUUGUGCUGAAAAUCAAGAAAAUCACUGAAAAUCUAGAAUUCCCGAUUUUCCAGCUCUCAAUGCACUUUGCGCCCAACUAAUGACCGAAUUAGCAUCGGCUCUUAAUUUAAUUUUUGAAACGUAAAAAUUCCGACUUUCCAGACCCCAAAAAAAUGCCCAAAAAAAAAUUUUCAGGUUGUAAUGUGUAGCCUGGACACAGUUGAUGAUUUUGUCGAACAAUAUAUCAAACUUCUACCAACUUCUGAUGUUAGCGAAAUGCAGAAAGUUUUGGAAAUGAAAGGUGUUAAACGACAAGAUCAUGCGGCGAUUUUGCACCAAUUCAGGCAGAAAUCCGGAGCGAAUUUAGUGGAAAAUCCCACUUCUUCAACUGUUGUUUCAAGCCUCACUUCAAGAAUUGUUGGAAAUGCACUGCCUGUUAGCAGUGGAGCAAUGUCGGAAGCUUUUAAUGCGGUGGUUUCGAUGGCUGCUGAUGGAUUGUCGGAUCAAACGGUGACGUCAUCAAUCGAUAAAUUGAAACGAUUUGAGCAACUUGUGAAGAGGAAGCUUUAA